UAGGGGCGAAAUGACCGUAGACCGUUUUAUGGCAAUUUGAAGUGAUUCCCCUUGUAGUUGUAUGGCAGACGAUUUUUGUUUCUCUAGGAAGUUUGAUUUACUCUAUUCGUUCACAUCUGACCAGUUUACUAAAUGAUACAGCUUAUAAAAGGAAGAUAAAUUCUCUGACAGUAUUGACACCACUUCGCUGACUUACUAUCUCCUCCUUCUGCCAUCUACUCUAAUAGUUCUUGUCAUAGCUCUGUUUCUCAACUGGCUGGGACUUAAGUUCUUCCGGCACAACUAGCCCCAGCAGGAGCAUGCAGAAGAUAUGCAAGCACCUCAACACAUUGUUUUAGAAAACACCACAGGCAAAGAGGCAAUAGAUACCAAGCAACAGAAUAAUAAUGAUACAGAAGUUAUGAAGCAGUCAGGUGCUAUCCUGCCUGUUAGAUAUGGAAAUGAAGGGUUUGUCAUCUCAGAUCUAUCUUGGACCAGUUGGCUUGGCCUCACGGCUAUGGUAGCAGCAUAUGGCUCCUAUGGUGUUUUGAUCAACCUCAGCAAAGAGAACGGCAUAAUCCCUUUCAGCUCUACCUCCCUGGUUCUUAUGAUAGAGGGUCUAAAGCUGACUGUUUCCUUGUCAAUAUAUGUGUCAUCAAAAAAGAAAGACACAAAAUGGAUGUGGCCAAGUUUCCAAAAGGCCCUUCCAUUUUCUGUACCAGGAAUUCUCUACAGUAUCAAUAACAACUUAUCAGUUCUCAUGCAAGCACAUAUGGAUCCCGCUACUUAUCAGGUACUAGGAAAUUUAAAGAUUGUGACUACAGCAGUGCUGUACAGGAUUCUGCUCCAGAGGCAGCUGAAGAUAAAACAGUGGGUGUCAGUUGGGCUUCUUACUGUAGCUGGUGUCUGUGACAGUUGGUUCAGUCUCAGUGACAACACAGUCAAGAAAUCCUCGGAGCUUCACCUGCAUGUGACGCUGACAGGACUUGUACUCAUGCUGAUCUACUGCUUUAUUUCUGCCUUUGCUGGAGUCUACACUGAGUACAUUCUCAAGAAAGACCUUAACACUUCCUUGCAUUUGCAAAACAUUAUGCUGUACAUUGUUACAGUUGCCAUCAAUCUCUUCACAUGGCUGACAAGCAAAAUUGUAGCUUAUUAUUCCGAUGCUGACAAUGCACAUUUUCAUCUCCUGGAAGGAUUUUCUAUUUACACUUGGCUGAUCAUAUUGACUCAGGUCUUCAAUGGUUUGGCAAUGUCUGCAGUUAUGAAACAUGGUAAUAACCUGGUGCGCCUUUUUGUUAUUUCCUGUGCUAUGCUUUUUAGUACCGCUCUCUCUGUCUUGGUUUUGGGCCUUACUCUUCACGGUUUUUUCUUCAUAACCCUGGUUCUAGUCAUUUUUGCUAUUUAUAUAUACUACAACUAAAAAGAUUUUUUGUGUGUAUCAUUUAGUUGCUUCCAAUAACUUUUGUUACAAUAAACAUCUGUCAGAAAAACAGUCAAAGAAUCUGGUGCAUGAUGCCUUCUGUAUAGAAGAAAAUAUUGUCAUUGGUGAUGAGAAAUAUACAUUUUCUUGAUCUGGAGAGACAAAGUACGACUGAAGAAUCAAUAGCCUGUUGUUUUUUAUAUUUGAAAUGAGGCUUCCCAGGUAUGCAUUACACAGAAUGUGAGACUGAAUACACUGAUGGCAUUUACAGGCCUGUUGUUAUUUGGUUGUGCAUAAGUUUUUUUUGUCAUAUUUGUAACAUCAUUCUGAACAGCAUCCAUGGUAAAAAGAUCUGAUAUCUCUUUCUCUCCUUGACUGAUGUCCUUGCAGUUUACUGCUGUUGGUGGAUUUUUUGCCCACUUUGAUAAUUAAAGCAAGCAGUACUCGAUAUUUAUCAUUGUCAAAAAAUAUACAUGGACCUAAUGAAUCUCAAUGGUAAGCUGAAAUCCAGUCCUAGAAAAUGGUUCCAACAUUAACUUGGAAUACCUUUCAUGUUGAGAUCCAGCCAUGUUUUUCUUCCGAUUGCCAACUCAUAUUCUAAUCUUGAGCAGUUGAAAUAUUUACCAAGAUGAUAUCACACCGUUAAGACAUUGUUACUCUUGGCUUAUCUGGGGUUUUUUUGUUUAAUGAAUGGUGCUUUUUAAUAAACAGUGAUAUAGUAGAUCUAGUCCAUAUCCAUGGCUGAAAAAGAGGUAAUAUUGGCCACUGUCAUGUGGAGAAAUGUUUAUUACCAGUGAUUAAUCCUUUAAUACUCAUGUGAUGUAUAUGUACAAAAUGUUAUGAAUUUUCCAAGUGUUGGCCUGUUUUAUUUCAACAUAUUAGUUCUGAACUUUACUCUUUGUCGGUUUAUCAUAUCCUGUCAUUUAAUUUUUCUGAAUGUGGCUUAGCAUUUUGUAAGAAUGUUUGAAAGCGUGAAGUGUUUUUUAAAAUGAGCUGCUUGUCAAAUGACGAUGAAGAUGAUAAGUUUUUGUCCCCAAUCUGUGACUUUUCAGCUUUUAUAUUAAGAAUUAGUCUUUUACACCAAGCAAGCAACCUGCUGAAAAUACUGAAGGUCAAUUUCACUGCUUGUAGUAGAUUAGGGAAAAAUAUUGGUAAUUAACAGGAAGUCACUGUCAUAGCUGAAGAUCAGUUUUAGUUUUGUUUCAUCAAACAGCAUAUUGUGAAAGGAGUUGUAUUCAUCAGUAGACCAAAACUCUAAACUUAUAUGAAGUUCUUUGAGAGCUUUAUUAUGCUGCAAUAUUGGUAAUUUUAGCUGCAGAUUUCAUACUUUUAUUUCCUUUAGCAGCAAUGGUAGUAAAGCAUUGUGAGUGAAUUUGCUCAUAAAAUUGGACCAGUCCAGAGGAGAUGGUUGGUACUUGGAAGAUAUACAAUCUUUUGUUUGAAUGAAAACUUGAAGAAAAAAAUUGCUUUAUAUUAAAAUAUAUUUUUGGCUUAAGAAUAUGGUGAUAGGUAGGGGCAGACUGGAGCUUUAAAGCGGCCCGGGCAUUAUUUACAGAGCGGCCCUUCUCACUAAAAUAGGCCUAUAAUAUUCUAUAGAUCAAAAUAGGCCCACCGGGCAUUGCCCAAAUGCCCAACUGGCCAGUCCGCCACUGGUGAUAGGUGAACUGAAGAAUAUGGUAUUAUAUUAGAUCAUUACAAAAAUUUGUUUUCCUGCUUUCAUUCAGUGAUGCAUCUUCAGAGCGGCCAUUGCAUUUUUCAUUUAAAAACAAUACAGAAUACUUAAGAAUGCUUUGCUUUAUUGAAAUACAGUAAAACUAGCUUAAAAUGUUUAUUUAAUUGUUAAGAUCAUAUUGUACUUAUUGUAAGGUUUUUGAAAACCUUAAAAAUGCUUUAAUUAUAGUUUUUAGCAGGCCAGUCUUCCAUUCUUAACUGUCAGCCAAAAUGCAGGUCGUAAGGGCCUGAGGUACUUAAUUGACAGGCCAGUCAUGUUUGACAAGUCGUGCUUGACAAGUCUUUUUUUUUUUUUUCUUCGCUGUCUUAGUUCUAAGUGACAUUUUGCAACAGAAACAUUACCUUAUCUUUAGCGACAUUGUUAUCUGUAUGUGAACAGAUUGUCUAUGAAUGUAUUGUACUUUUAACAAAUACAACGCAUUUGAUAUUCUAGUUAAACUGUCUCCUGGUCCAUAUUUGAACUGUAACUUAGCUGUAAUAUAAUUAUUUGACUGUGUUUUUAAUUUUAUAAUUUAUUUCUAUGACCAUGAAAAAUGUAUAUGAUUAUAACAAGAAAUACUAGAUAGAACUAGAACUGAGUUCGUAUAAUUUGCAUGAAGCAGGUGUCAAAAUGUUUUCUUACAUACUAGGUUUUUUUAGAACAUAAAAACUAGGGGUGGAGGUUAAUGUUUUGACAACAAUUUUUUUUUUUUUUGUUUGUUUGUGUGUUUGUUUGUUUGUUUGUAAUGUCACAUACACAUUGUUUCAGAAAAUUUUGUUGAAAGCACUGUACAUCAAAAACUAAGAACUGCCAAAAUCAAAAGCUACUCCCAAAGAUAGCACAUGCUGUACAAUGCACAUCAUAAGACAAACAGUUUGUGAAAUGUUAAAAAUUUCUGUUGUGCUUUUCAAAUGGAAAGGUCCUUGUGCAUUUGGACAUGCUGACAAGGCCUGCCACUCAUCCUUGUCUUAGGCGAUGGUGAGCAGGUCCUGCACAAGAUGACCAGUCCACUAUUUCAUGUCUUAUAUAUUGCAAAUGUCUCUACAGCAUAGUUUAGUUUAUUCCUUGUUGCUCCCUUGAGGAGCAUAGGGCCACAACAUUGUGGUACUGUUGCGGUUUCUGUAACACCUUUUUUUCCUUUUCUUUUUUUUUCUUUCUUUUUUUUUUUUCUUUUAAUAUAUAUAUAUGAGUGGGUUGUUAGCCCAAAGCAAAACCCCCGACCUGGAUGGCCAGGGUGCAACAUUUUAGUCUGGCUUCUCCCCUGACAGACCUCUGCAGCAUAUAUAAGCCAAUUCUUCCUCUGGCCACCGCUACUUCAACCACACUCCAGGGUAUCUUGAAGGACAGUCUUUGACAGAAUGUUAUGCUGGUCCACAUGGCCAAACCAAGUACACUGUGUGUUGCAAGUAGGGGUUCCUGGUAUCAUGUAACUAGUAAUUCAUGCUUUGUACAAAGUCAUUGGUUUUGUGUACUCUGUACAAGAUGUGGAGAAGCCUUCUCAGGCACUUGUUCUUAAAUGCCUGAUUCUCCUCUCCAUAUUGGCAAUGUCCAUGUUUCAUAUCCAUAAAGCAGGACUGGUACUAGAGGGAACUUGUACAUAUUGUACUUCAUAGUAAAACCGAUGUUAUGCACCAGACCCUCUUCAGUCUAUCCAUUGCUUCUGAUGCUGUCAUGGUCCUGAUGCAGAUAUCUGUCAUGUAGCUGUCAUUCUGGGAGAGUGUGGCUCCCAAGUACUUGAAUUGUUGACCUCUUCCAGCUACACUCCGUUCAUGUAGCUAUCUGCUUUGCCAGUGGCCCAGUGUUGGUCUUCAUUCCACAUGCAUUCGAACAGGCUGUCAGUAAGGUUUUGCGGUUCUCUGUUAGUGCCUGAUAUCAUAUCUCUGUUGUCUGCAUAGUUGCAAAUUGGCCUUCCCCCAGGGGAAAUGGAAAUGUGAUGAUCAUGGAGGAUUUCAUGCAUGGUGAGAGAAAACUCCAAUUUGGGUAUAUGCUCAUUGAGUUUUUGUACACUGCUUAGAUGAGACCCUUGUUGAUAUUGAAUUUUUGCCUCACGUCAUAGCCCUUAUGGCAGACUCUGUCAAAGUACUUUUUAAAGUCAGUGAAGUUGUGAUACAGGUCCUGUUGAUGCUGAAGAUGCUUCUUUAUCAGGAUGUGACAUUGAAGAUCUGCUCAACUGUGCUCCUACCUGUUCUUAACCCAACUGUUCUUGUGCUAAUAAUUCCUAAGUGGUGGUGCUUAUGCAAAUUCUGUAUUAAGCUUAUUGCUCUGUAGUUCUGGUACUGUUUGCUGUUUCCUUUUUUAUUUGUAAAGAUCUGUAAAAAAUUUUAUUCUAGUCCUUUUUUAUUUGUAAGAUCUGUAAAAUUUUUUAUUCUAGUCUGGUUAUAUUCAGUCUUUCAGUUGAAUACAGCAGUACUUUCUGUGAAAAGACAGCCAUUGCUGUCAUCAUUGACUGAAAUCGUGUUGAUCUGUUAAUAGAGUCCAUAGUAGCAGUUAGGCCUUUUUUUGCUUUAGCAUCAUGCUAUCAUCUCUUCUAUGGGGCAGUAUUGGGCCUCAAUCCAGGUUUCCCUAGUUCCCUUCAUCCUUUUCCUGGUGGCACAAAUGCCUUUUCAUAUUUGGAAGCUGCCUCAGGUUUGAUUUAUCUCUCUUCAAGACCCUCCUUUGGUCGCAGAUAUCUAGAAAGUUAUUCAUGACCCAACGUUGUUUCUUCUUUAACGCCCUGGCACUUCCUGGGCUGUUGACAGUACCACUUUUUUUUGUGUGUUUCCAGAUAAGGUGUCUACAUCACAGUCCUGAAGUUCAGUGCCAUGAAUUUAUCUCCAACAUUGGUACUGAAAAUUUUCACAAUGUUUAGGGACUUGCAACUAUUGUUAUUGUUAUUGUGACUACAUGGUUAAGAUGACAGACUAGAAAUCCAAUGGGAUCUUCCACACAGGCUCAAAUCCUGUCAAUGCACAGAGCCUUCAGUUUAGUAUUUUUUAUAUAUUAAAAAAAAAGUAGUUUCUUUGCUUUUGUCAAGUGCCUAGGUUUGUGUUUUUUAAUUUAGUAUUAAUCAAGCAGACUUUUUUUUUCUAUGGUAAACAUAUAGCUUUAAUGCUUGUGUUCAACAAUUCAAAAAUAAAAGAACACCAGAUUUGAUGUCCAAAUUUUCAUAAGAUUUGUUCAUUCCACUUAUAUUCUCCACACCUUUACAUUUUUCUGCAGACAAUUUCAUGAUCUGCUUAGCUAGUUCCUGAUCAUUUUAUGAUUGUGUCAUCUGCUGUCGCUCCUAACAUCUGCUACAAUACAACUUUAUUAAUCCACAAGGGCAAUUGGUGUGACUUUACUUUUUGUAAGAAGUAUUUCCAUUUAAUUGCUGCCACAGCUUCAUCAUUUUCCCCAAGCUUCCAGCAGUCUUUAUUUUCUGCUGAGAUUCCCCCAGACGUCAGCAGCCAUCAGCAUCAUGACAAAACUUACAUAGCUUUUGUUUCUUAUUGAGUUAUAUUUAGGAUUUCACAUAUUCGGUAAUAGAUUUCUUGACAUAGUUAAAUCAUUUUGCAUGCACACAUAUGUGUGUAUGCUUUAUAAAUAAAGCAGAGUUUGGUUUUGGCAGUGUUUUUGUGAAUGCAGUUUGUCAAAUAUUAUCAAAUUUUGCAGGAGCGCUCCGUUUUUCUACCAGAAACUCAGAAAGCUGUAGACUCUGUUUCCAUAUUCAUCCAUAGCUUCUUUAAUUUUUAUGUUACUCGUUGUAAGAUGUGCUUGGUGGCUCCAUAUGAAAAGCAACAAAGAGCCAAUUUUGUCAGAGAUUCUGACAUCAUCAGUAUCCACAUAAUUUCAUAGGGUACUCGUGGGAAGGUCUGCAAGAUGAAUUUCCAGACUUGAGUACUCCUUUUAUUUAGAAGUGUCAGUGGCAUAUGGCUUAAGUGAUCUUAAGGGAGUAGAAAUGAGCUGUCAACUCAGUUUCUGAAGAAAUAUCCAGAAUCACUGAGCUUUUGGGGCUCCAAGGUAAAGCCACUUUGAACCAGCCUCAGUGCUUGAUCACACAGACAGCAUUCUUGGAAUAAAUGUUCCAUUAUUUUACUAUGCUUAUGCCAUCUUUGUCAGUGAAUUAAAUUAGUUGACACAAUAAAGUGGUGAAUAAACCUGGAAAUAAAAUUAGUUGGAAGAAUUCGUGAGAGAAAUCAAUCCCAGGACAAACAAUUUGUGGUGUAACUUGCCUUGGAGUUUGCGGGGAAAGUAAAUAUUGUGAUGUUUGAUUUGUGUAUUGUCUGUAAAAGUGAUGCCUAAUGUGAUAAAUUUUGGAGACAUAUUGUUUGUCUUUCACCUUUAUUGUCAAACUCAAUAAAUGUAACACCAAAUAAACACUUUUUUUUUAACUUCAUCAUUUGGUCACCACUUCCAAGGCAAAUAUUAAGAGACAACAUAAUAUUCUGAAUGAAUUGAAAUCAAUCAACUACCCUGCUGAUAGUGACAUAUAAAUUCAGCUUUUUUGUUGAGAUAAAUAUUUGUAUUGAAUGGACAUAUUUAUCAACCAAAGAUUAUUUUACUUCCAAGGGAUUCACUUCAAUUCUUGUUGAUUCUAAAUUGUAUUUUCUGCUAAGUAUUUUCAUAUUUCCUUUAUAGCAUGUAUGCUGAAAUGUUUUGAGAAACAAGAUGAUCAGACUGUACUUACAAACUGGGCUUCCAACUACAUACAUUAAUGCUUUUCUUCUUGCCUGAAAAAUGUUCAUUCUCUUUAUUAUUUGGACUUUUUGGAAACUACAAACUUUCAUAACCUUGAUUUGUCAAUGAUCAUAUUGCAGCAUGUGCUUUAAAAUGCAUCAGUUUGGUUUUUAAAUUCAGAAAGUGUUUUUGGACAGUAUCAGACUUAUGGAUAUUUUCUUAAAUCUUUCUCUUAAAUCAAAAGUUGUUGUGCUGUUUUAGAUCCCAUUGUUUUUGUAACUGAAAUCAAAAGUUAUGCACAAAGCAUACAUACCAAAGUAUUAACAGUAGUAGUGAUAUUGGCCAUUCUGAUAAAUUGGUACUGCAGUGCUAGCAUGUUUCUGGUGUCAGAUGUUAUUUAUGCAGCAUUAAAACCUCACUCAUUUCUUCCAUUAUAGUUGCAGAGGUCGUGCAGUCUGAUGUCAUUUCUUGACUCGACAAAUAGUCUUCCAUAUGACUGAAUUCACCAGAAACUUUCCAGCUAGUUUGAAUGAUAAGUUGGCUUCUAGUCAGCCUUAAGCUUUGCAGUCUGGUCCCCUAUUCUUUGUACUCAUCGUUUCAACUUUUAAUGUAUCACGUGCAACUUUAUGAUUUUUAAGUUUUCUUUUUUGUGUCACGGGAAGUUCUCUGCAGUUUCUUAUAUUCAUUAUGCUCAAAUAAAAAAAUAUAUAUCUUCCAACAGUGUCAUAUACAUACUUUGGAUUUUAUAAAGUGUUAGUUUAUUUACUCACUCAGAUACAGUUCAUAAUCAAAA